CAGUGGCUGUUCUCGGAUUACGUUUCCUCCGGUCUUUAUUAGCUGGCCGCUCCUCGCUUCUGCCCUCUUCACCUCCGCCCGGUACCGGACAGCAGCUGCAGCAACCACCGCCGACAUGAAGCUUCCCUUGGCCGUUGUGGUUGUUUUGGUCUGCAUAGCUGUGACCAUUGACGCCACCGUGUAUUUCAGCGAGAAAUUCGACGAUGGAGAUGCAUGGACGAGUCGCUGGGUCCAGUCAAAACACAAGUCCGACUAUGGCGAAUGGAAACUGACUGCUGGAAAGUUCUACGGAGAUGCUGAAGCUGAUAAAGGUGUCCAGACCAGCCAGGAUGCUCGCUUUUACGCCAUGUCAUCCCGCUUUGACUCUUUCAGCAAUGAGGGGAAGCCCGUGGUCAUCCAGUUUACUGUCAAACAUGAGCAGAAGAUCGACUGUGGUGGUGGAUACGUCAAGGUGUUCCCCUCUGACCUAGAUCAGACUGACAUGCAUGGAGACUCGCAGUAUUACAUCAUGUUUGGCCCUGACAUCUGUGGCUACAGCACCAAGAAGGUUCAUGUCAUCUUCAACUACAAGGGUCAGAACCACCUUGUCAAGAAAGACAUCAAAUGCAAGGACGAUGAACUGACCCACCUGUACACACUGAUUCUAAACCCAGACCAGACCUACGAGGUGAGGAUCGACAAUGAGAAAGUGGAGUCUGGGUCUCUGGAGGAUGACUGGGACAUGCUGCCUGCAAAAACGAUCAAGGAUCCUGAGGCCAAGAAGCCUAGUGACUGGGAUGACAGAUCCCAGAUCGAUGACCCCACUGACACCAAACCUGAGGACUGGGACAAGCCAGAGACCAUUCCAGACCCUGAUGCCAAGAAGCCUGAUGACUGGGAAGACGACAUGGACGGAGAAUGGGAACCUCCCAUGAUCACCAACCCUGAAUACAAGGGAGAAUGGAAACCCAAACUUAUUGAAAACCCAGAUUACAAGGGAGCCUGGGUUCACCCUGAGAUUGAUAAUCCAGAGUACACUCAUGAUGCCACAAUGUACAAGUUUGACAGCAUUGGAGUUCUUGGUCUGGACCUGUGGCAGGUAAAAUCUGGAACAAUCUUCGACAACUUCAUAAUCACAGAUGAUGUAAAAGAAGCUGAGGACUUUGGCAAGGAAACAUGGGGAGUCACAAAGGGACCAGAGAAGAAGAUGAAGGAGGAACAGGAGGACAUGGAGAGGAAGCUGAGAGAGGAGGAGGAAAAGAGCAAAAAGAAGGAUGAUGAAGAUGAAAAUGAUGAGGAAGACGAUGAAGAUGAGGAGGGUAAUGAGGAAGAUGAAGCGGAGCAGGGGGAGGAGGUAGAGGAGGACGCAGGAACAGAAGAGGAGGACACUAAACACAAGGAUGAGUUGUAGAGUUGAGGAGCUGGUUGCUGGACUGCUGCUUUCUUCUUCUACUCUCCAGAUUUCAUUUGAAGAUGAUAGGAAGUUAGCGAGAUGCCCUUUGGACUCUUUGAUACGACAGCCUUUAAAUCCAGGGCAGGGAAGCGGGGCAGAUCAGAUUUAUUUUAUAAUGUGUUUUCUUGUUGCUUUCUGUUCUAGAAGGAAAAAGGGUUUAGUUGUUUAUUUCCCCCUCUGUUUCUGUUGAAUUUUCUAAUUGAACAUUUGUUUAACUCAGUCAAUCCCAUGAUGUGUUUUCUUCCUGCAGUUACUUAAGAGAUUUUUUUUGUUUGUUUUUCACAAUGUUCUGUAAAUCCAGGAUGUGUGAUAUCUGGUUCAUGCACUUUUUUUCUUCUCUCCUUUGUCAUGCAGUUCUGUAUUUUUUUAAAAAUCAGUUGCCUUAAUAAUUUAUUUUAAUCAUCAUAAGUUUCCCUUAAAAAAAUAAAUAAUGGGUGUGAGUUCGUCUGUGUGAGUGUGAGACUGCAGAAAACAAACUGUGAUUUUUUUUUUAAACAAUCCUUGUUUUUUUCACUCUUGUUUUCAGUGAGUGACUGUCCGGUCCGUGCACACAAUUUUGAGUUAAUGUGAAUAAACUGAAGCUUCUUCGAUUCUCCCUUUCCCCCCCAAA